ACAUUAUAAAUGGCGUCUAUGUCUAAGCGGCAAUAAUACUAUUAUUGAUAUUGUGAAUGGUGAAGAAAUUAAAUAAUGGAUGGUUUUAUAAAUUCGAAGAUAGAAAAACAGACGAUAUACGAGAUAUAUCGAGCAUGUCGCCUGUGUGGUGCUGGUGCUGGCUACAAAAUGCCAAUAAUACAGAACGUUGUACAUUUAGACGGCGCCGAAGUCGAACUCAAACAGAAAAUUCGUGAAUGCGUUCAAAUAGAGGUUCAUCAAGAUGACAAAAUGCCACCUCUGAUAUGCGAACUGUGCGUUGAUAAAGUGAACGAUUUCUAUGAAUUUCUAGAAAUGUGCAGGCACACUAACAAGAGAACGAGGUUGAGAUUAGGCCUGCCUCAACAGGCGAUGCCUAGGGGAGCGGUAAGGCCUGACGCAGGAGACUGCAUCCUUGGAGUCACAGAACCCGUAUUUAUUAAUGAGGACUCCACCGAAAAUACGUUGAAAACUAGAAACAAGUCCAGUAAGAGUGGAAAGAACAAAAGAGACGAGAGGACUAAUAUAUCGAGUAGCUCAAAAAGAGAGAGCCGGGACAGUAGAGACAGUCGAACUGAAUCUCGAUCGCUGAGAAGCAAACAGCCCAGUCCACCGCGUCUUAGAGGCACUAAGAGGUACAACGAAGACGACGUUCUCCUGAGUAAGAUGCAGAAAUCAAAGAAAACAGAACAGCCCAAGUCGAUAUUGAAAAGAUCUAAUAUCAAAAUGGAGGAAGACUCGUACUUGACUCCAAGGAUGAAGCGUCCUCGUGAUAGAGACAUACAGGUCAAGAAGGAGAUACCGAGCAAGAGAGUCAAGUUGUUAAUAAAGACACUGCCCCCUAGGACUUUGAGAACAUCGAACGGCAGGAGCAAAUCACCGCCCCCGGUCCACAAAUGCAAAAUAUGCAAGGUGCAGUUCGACAACCACAGGUCGCUAAGUAACCACAUGAGAUCGCACGCAUAUGCUAAGCAUGCCGAUAAGAAGUCCAUCAGGAAACAUAAUAAAGACAUACAAUGCACGGACUGUAAGAAAACAUUCCCGAGGAAGACGUUGCUCAAUAUUCACAAAUGUCCGAAGCAAGGAGCUGACUGCAGUAACUGCAAUAAACAUUUCUACUCGCAGAAAAGUUUGAUAAGGCACAGAAUUACAUGUGUACAGAAGGAGAAAGAAGUAGUGAUAAGUCCCAAGAUCCGUCGCAUUCUGAAACCGCUACAGGUACGAGUGGCUCGCUGUGACCCCCUGCUCGAGAACGUGUCCGGAGAACAUUAUGAUGUCUCAGAUGUGCCUUAUGACUAUGGUCUAGACAAAAAUCUUAUAUACCCAAACAUAUCAAGCUUACGCAUUAAAAGUGAACCCGGAUACAUGGUGAACAUAAACGAUGAUAUCCGUCAAGCCUUUGAUGCAGACAAAUAUGUACACUGGGAUUCAGAGGACACAGAUAGUGAUGCAGAGCUCGACGUAUCGAAAACAGUCGAUAAUUUGACAUCUCUAUCACUAAAAACUAUAUUCUCGCCAAGAUUCCUUGGUAAAGUGCCGAAGAAACGUAGAAAAGUUAAAGCUGAAAAGGCGUUUGAUUCCAUUUUGAAUGUCAGCGAAUUCGAUACUGAGUUGAAUCGUGGUAUCAACGAUAUAAUCGACAGUUUGGAUGACACAAUUGAUGAAUCGGUCGAUAAAGUCGAUGUAUCGCUUAAUAAAUCAGUCGAUAAAAGUGGGGAUAAUGAUUCGUUAUUUGGUAACGACGACGCUCCAACAGUCAGUAAUGAUGAUUUUGAUUCAUUGUUUGAUAGAUCAAAUAAUAACGAUAAAGUUGAUUCGGAAUCAACGGCAAAGAGUAAUGAUGAAGCUAUUGCGAAAUCAAACAGUGAUGAAAAUGUAAAUGAAACUUCACCUAUAGAUAUAAGUUCAAAGUGUAAUAAAAUAGAGCUAGGUAAGCAAGAAAACGGUGAAGAAAUGAAAGAAGAAGAUAAUAAUUCAAAUAAAAAUUCAAUAGAAAACACUGAAAAAUCAGAAACUGUAAAUAUUCUACACGAUAAUACAGAUAUUGUAAAUAGUGAUAUAAGUAAUUGUAACGAAGAAGUGAAAUUAACACAAGAAAAUGAAACUAAUGGUUCUAAUGUUGCAAUACAAGUUACUAACAAAGAAGAAAAUACAGAAGAACCCACACAAAUUCAUACUGAAAAUGAAGUUACAGAAUCAGAUAGUAGUGAGAAAUUUAAUGAUACUGUAACUGGUAAAGUUACUGAAGCUAAUGAUACUUCAAUCAAUGAUAAUGAAAGUACAAAAGAAAAAGUUAGUGAGAAAAUUGAGGAAGACAAGGAUAAAACUGAACAUGUUAAUGGGAAUAGUGAUGAAAAAUUUAAUAUGGAUGAUUUAGAAGAUUUAAGUGAUGGGGAAAUGGACGAUAAGAGACUGAUGGAAGCUCUUGAUGCACAAAUUGGAGAAAAUGAGGCAGGUGAGAAAGUUACUGAGUCUGAAACUGAUGUAGACAGAACAUCGGACAAAACUCAACCGUCUUCAAUGAAAUCAGCCGAUCUAGAGAGUAUACCUGAUGAUGACUUUAACUUAAAUGAAUAAUCGUAAUAUUUUCUCAGGAAAGGGUUAUGUACUAUUAAAGAUAUAUUAAAAGAUA